AUGUCUGAAGGAGACGUCAAGCCGAGCAGCGGCCCAGUGGUGGCAGAAGCUCACCAGGUGGACACAUUCCACCCUCCUGAGAAGAUGUUUGCCAAGCAUCCCAGCAAACCUCACAUCAAAGAUUUGGAGGAAUACCAAAAGAUGUACAAGGAGUCCAUUACUGAACCAGAAAAGUUCUGGGGCAACAUGGCACACGAUUUACUGAGCUGGCAAACCGACUUCAAGACGGUUCAUGCUGGUUCCUUUGAAAAUGGCGACAAUUCCUGGUUUUUGGAAGGUCAACUCAAUGCCUCAUACAAUUGUGUAGACCGACAUGCUAUUAAGAAUCCCGACAAGACAGCCAUCAUUUACGAAGCUGACGAGACCAGCGAUGGAAGAACGCUUUCAUAUUCUGAGCUACUCCGACAGGUCUGCAAAACUGCAUAUGUACUCAAGCAGAUGGGUGUCAAGAAGGGAGAUACCGUAGCCAUCUACUUGCCCAUGAUUCCAGAAGCCGUAAUUGCAUUCCUUGCAUGCGCGCGUAUUGGUGCCGUUCAUUCCGUGGUCUUUGCUGGAUUUUCUGCAGACUCUCUCCGUGAUCGUGUCAUUGAUGCCCAGUCCAAGGUUGUCAUUACCACUGACGAGGGUAAGCGAGGUGGAAAACUCAUUGGCACCAAAAAAAUCGUCGACGAUGCCCUGAAGCAAUGUCCAGAUGUCACUCACUGUCUUGUCUACAAGCGAACCGGUGCGGAAGUCCCAUGGACUGAGGGUCGAGAUUGGUGGUGGCAUGAUGAGGUUGAUAAAUGGCCUGCGUACAUUGCGCCUGAGCCGAUGAACUCUGAAGACCCACUGUUCCUCCUCUACACAUCUGGCUCAACAGGAAAGCCAAAGGGGGUUAUGCACUCAACUGCGGGUUACUUGCUUGGAGCUGCUGCGACAGGAAAAUACGUAUUCGAUAUUCAUGAUACCGACAAAUUCUUCUGUGGUGGUGAUGUUGGAUGGAUUACUGGUCACACAUAUGUUGUCUACGCUCCUCUACUUCUUGGUGUUGCGACAGUAGUGUUCGAAGGUACUCCGGCAUAUCCAAACUUCUCGAGAUACUGGGAUGUUAUCGAGAAACAUGGAGUCACUCAGUUCUACGUUGCGCCAACAGCAUUGAGAUUGCUGAAGCGAGCUGGAAAUGAGCACAUUAAGCACCAAAUGAAGCACCUCAGAGUUCUCGGUUCAGUCGGUGAACCAAUUGCUGCCGAGGUGUGGAAAUGGUACUUCGAAAUUGUUGGAAAGGAAGAGGCACACGUUGUUGAUACAUACUGGCAAACCGAGACAGGUUCUCAUGUCAUCACUCCACUGGCAGGUGUCACACCAACCAAACCAGGAAGUGCUUCCCUUCCAUUCUUCGGCAUCGAACCAGCGAUUAUCGACCCAGUCUCCGGCGAGGAGAUCCACGGUAACGAUGUCGAAGGUGUGCUUGCUUUCAAGCAGCCAUGGCCAAGUAUGGCUCGAACAGUCUGGGGCGCACACAAGAGAUAUAUGGACACAUAUCUGAAUGUGUACAAGGGAUACUACUUCACGGGAGAUGGAGCUGGUCGUGACCACGAGGGUUAUUACUGGAUUCGAGGCCGUGUCGACGAUGUUGUCAACGUCAGUGGACAUCGAUUGUCCACCGCCGAAAUCGAAGCUGCAUUGAUCGAGCACCCGGCAGUUGCUGAAGCUGCUGUUGUCGGUAUCACCGACGAGCUUACCGGACAAGCAGUCAACGCUUUCGUCGCUAUCAAGGAUGGAAAUGAAGUCAACGAUGCACUGAAGAAGGAUCUCGUUCUUCAAGUAAGAAAGAGCAUCGGUCCAUUCGCGGCACCAAAAGCCAUCUUCGUCGUGCCAGAUCUGCCAAAGACCAGAAGUGGUAAGAUCAUGAGACGAAUUCUCAGAAAGAUUCUUGCAAAGGAAGAAGAUCAACUUGGUGAUACAUCCACUCUCUCCGAUCCUAGCGUCGUCGAUAAAAUCAUCGAGACCGUUCAGGCGUCGAGAAAGUGA